CACCUGAUCAUAGAUAAACAUUUCCUGCUAGAAACCGUUGUGCUUUCCAUGAUUUCCCCCUCUUCUUCUGUCAGUAAUUUGCUGCCCAGUUCACAUACUUGUUUCUUUGAUUCAUACAUCUGUUUCUGCCAAGAAUCCUGGUUUUAUCGAUGCAUCGGUGUUGAUCCUUGAGUAUUGUGUGUUGUUUAAAGUUUGUCAGCUUCAUCUGUUUCUGUAGUUGCCUGUGAUCAUAUUGAUACAUAGGAUAUAUUCCUCUGGACACAAAAAUGAGGAAAGAUUGCUCGAAGACAUUUGGCCUCAAGCACAAGGAAGACAAUUCUGAUGAUAGGAAGAGAAACAACAUGGAAAUGAAUAUGAGGAGUACUUCUGACAAGACAUUAUUGCGGAAGCUGAAGAAGAAGAAGGCCGAUGAUGACAAGAACGCGAAGAGCAACAGAUUCUUGAUUACGAUCAAUGUUUUUGGAAGCGCUGGGCCAAUAAGAUUUGUAGUUAAUGAAGAUGAAACUGCUCAAGGGGUUAUUGAGACCGCCCUGAAGCUGUACGCCAAGCAGGGACGGCUUCCGGUUCUUGGUUCGGAUAUCAGCAGUUUCUUUCUCUACCCUGUCAAUGCUGGAUUUGAAGCCCUUAAACUGUCGGAAGUGAUAGGAUCGCGUGGAGCGAGGAACUUUGUUCUAUGCAAGAACCAGAGCAAGCCACACAUGACGGAAGCGCGGUCACAGCUGAUUAAAAGAAAGGGGAGCCAAUGGCGUGCGUGGUUCCAAAAAUCACUGACUUUCAAGAUUCUAUCUCAUUGACCAGCUUUAUAAUUCCUAAAGUGUGUUGCAGAAGAUGAUGUAGAUGUACAAAUGUUUUUGUAAUGAAAAUUUGAAUAAUUUGCAUAUAGUUUAGAACGGUUAGUUUUGAAUCAUAUGUUAUAUAGUAUUUUUGAGUUUAUUUUUCAGCCAAGUAAUGGGACAGAAGUGGCAAAUGACAUAUCAUAGAGUUUAGAGGUCACCAGCUUCUUGAGUUUGAUUUCCUUUAAGAAUAAGCAUACGGACAAUACUUUCAUAAAGCAGAGGUUUGUGUUGAAAGAAGCUUAGUGGUACAAUAUUUAUUCCAUAACAUGACUAAGUCCAAGAUGUCUUGUCUUCAGUAGAAAAUUUGUUGAUGGC